UUGGAAACAGUCGCCCAUAAUGUUUUAAUGAUUAUCGAAAGAGAUUAUUUGAGGGGCGAAGUUCACGUUAAUGAUUUAUAUCAUUAUUCUGCUCCAUGUAUAUGAAGGGUGUAUGCUUUACACGACACGUGUUGUGUGAUAAAUUUGGGUUGGAGAAAGGUGAAACUCGGUCUAAGCCUCUGGCUCAAGCUAACUUUCUCGACUGUAUGUUUGUGAAUGAAUACGUCAUAUUGAAUAACGUAAUGUGUAUGAAGGCGACACUGAUUGCUAAACUAUUGGUAUUUUUUGUUGUAAUCAUAAUCUUACGAUAUGUGUCGUUUUCUUCGCAGGUAAAUUGAAAGGUCUUCGACAAAAAAUAAAGACAUACACUUUCAAAACACCCGAAACGGAAAAUGAAAGAGCAGCAGCGCACAUCGGUGUUUUUGGUGAGAUGGGAGCUGGGAAGUCUUCAUUCAUCAAUUCUAUUGAGUUCGCAUACAAAGGCGAGCGAAGCCAGCCUACUAGAUCAACGGGAGAUAUAACUGGAGGAGACACCAUGCCUCGAAGCUGUCUUCAUCUCACCCCCAAUAUUCAUCUGUUCGACAAUCGCGGCAUGAAAGAUUUUGAUUUGUCAUAUGUGGACCGGUUUAUGAAUGAAAUCAGUGACAAGAAAGAAGAAGAAGGUUCAUCAGAUGCUACCCGGCGUCUUCUUGAUGAGGAAAUAAUUGAUUGCGCUGUGUUUGUCUAUAAACACAGUGACUCUAUCAAGAAGGAAGCAGCUGUGAAGUUUCUUUCCGAGUUUGCAACAAAACUUCAAGAGAAUACUGGUUAUCCACCGAUGUUGGUCAUUACUCACGCCGAUAGCUUGUCGACAGAAGACAAGAGAGAUCUUAAGGAGAGCUUCACAACCCAUUGCGACGAAGUGUGGUUCUUUGAAAACUGCACAAAAUCAAUCGAAAAAAAGAAGAAGAGCGUCGAAUUUUUGAAGUUUCUCAAAACAGCACUGCAUCGCUGCGACGCGUCGAGACGAGACGUCGCCAUCGUAAAUAUUGAGCGACAGAAGAAAAACAGAAAACCGCCGAAGAGUGUUUUUUGAUGGUAGUUUGUUUUGUGAGCAUAUAUAUAUAUAUAUAUAUAUAUAUAUAGGUGCAGGCAUUUGCGUCACUAUGGAAUAUUUUGAAGUGGCGGUGGCCUCAGACCACACUUGACAACAAAUAUUAAUCCAAAUUACUAUUUCAAAUAUCUAUUGAAAUAUAUCCUGACAUUUUCUUGUACUAGGUCUACAUUUUUUAGUACAACUUUUUGUAUGUUUUCUUAUCAGUUGCUGUACAGUGACUUUAACAUACAAGGACUCCUUUGGAAAUUAGUUCAUGUUGCCCUUUUCGAUUCACACAGAUCCUAUCACUGCCUUUAGUUUUCGCGUUACGUUUUAUAGUUUUUUGAGCUUACUGUAUUAUUUUAUGUGGUUUUUACAUCCACUUUUUUUAUAGGUUAUUAUCUUCUUUCCAAUUCUCAACUUCUUGAAUUCUCCUUAUCCUGCCUUUCUCUUUGUUUUCUACCACUCAAUCUCUUUCCGUCGUUUUUCUCUCCCUUUUUGCCUACAUCCUC